CUACAGACUACCCUCCUGCCUACUUACUCAACUGUUUCAAAAUCCUCAACUCCGCUUUGUUACUCUUCCCACCACUUCACAUCCUCCAUAACAGGAUUUCUCGCGUUCCCCAAAGGCCCGAACCCUUUUUAUUCUCAUCGAACAUGUCGUUACAGAACGAUGACCGACCGCGAGUUGAUGGCUACGUGCAACCUCAGCGAGUCAAGAGGCCGCCUUUCUCGGUGGACGCCCCCGGCUAUGAGCCAGUAGAGGGCGAGACUAUACCGAGGCGGAACCCCUUGGCUAAAGACAAGCUCAUCGUCUUGCCAUCGGACGACGUCAAGACCGUCUAUGACAACUUGAAAAGAGCUUCCGCAAAAUUUGGAAACGCCAAAGCAAUUGGGACAAGGAGAAUCAUCAAGACUCACACCGAAAUCAAGAAGGUUAAGAAGAUUGUCGAUGGCCAGGAACAAGAGGUGGACAAGAAGUGGACUUAUUUCGAGCUCAGCGGGUACGAAUACAUGAGUUUCAUCGAAUAUGAGAAAUUGGCACAUGAUUGCGGUUCCGGUCUCCGCCACCUGGGAAUCUCGAAGAAUGACAAGAUACAUCUCUAUGGUGCUACGAGCGCACACUGGCUUGCAAUGUCGCACGCAGCAGCAUCACAAUCCGUUCCUAUCGUUACCGCCUAUGACUCCCUCGGAGAGGAAGGCUUGAGGCAUUCUCUCGUUCAAACCGGAUCCGUCGCCAUCUUCCUAGACCCCAACCUCAUUCCUACGUUGAUCAAAGUCCUGAAGGAUGCCAAGAGUAUCAAAUCCGUCAUCUUCAAUGAUCAGCCUGAAAUCAAGGAUGCCGAUCUACAAAAGUUCAAAUCAGAAUAUCCAGACGUCAGGAUCAUCGGCAUUGAAGAGCUCAGAAAGUCCGGCUCAGAUAACCCUGUUGAUCCUGUGCCACCUACUCCGGAAGAUCUGGCUUGCAUCAUGUACACUUCUGGCUCUACAGGUCCACCAAAGGGUGUCACAAUCAAGCACAAGGCUGUGGUGGCAGCCAUGGCUGGUGUUCAAAGCAUAGUCAGCCCCUACAUCGGACCCGCUGAUGCGUUGCUCACCUAUCUUCCCCAAUCCCACAUCUUCGAAUACAUGUUCGAGAAUGUUUGCAUGUUUUGGGGCGGCACCAUGGGUUAUGGCAACCCCAAGACUCUUUCGGACACAUCGGUGCGGAACUGCAAAGGUGAUAUCCGGGAGUUUCAACCAACAGUCCUGAUCGGAGUGCCGGCAGUCUGGGAGAGUGUCAAGAAGGGUAUCCUUGCAAAGAUCAAUAGCAGCUCUUUUGUGGUCAAGAACAUGUUUUGGGGAGCUUUCGCUCUGAAGCAAAUGCUUCUCGGGGCCGGCCUUCCUGGAGCAGGCAUCCUUGACGCCAUCGUCUUUAAGAAAUUGAAGGAUGCUACUGGCGGCCGUCUCCGCAUUGCUUUCAAUGGUGGCGGUCCCAUCUCGCAGGAGACUGUCAAGUUCAUCAGCUACGCAGUCACACCCAUGAUAUCUGGUUAUGGCCUUACGGAGACUUCCGCCAUGGGAGCCAUUCAAGAUCCCCUGGCCUGGGAUCCUACCGCACUGGGCGAUAUACCAGGCUCCAUCGAAAUCAAAUUGGUCGACUUCCCGGAUGCUGGUUAUUUUGCGAAGAACAACCCUCCGCAGGGUGAAAUCUGGAUCAGGGGUCCCUCCGUUACUGAAGGCUACUGGCAGAAUGAGGAGGAGACGAAGGAUGCCAUCACCGAGGACCGCUGGUUCAAGACGGGCGACAUUGGAGAGUUCAAUGCCAAUGGUCACUUGAAGAUCAUCGACCGCAAGAAAAACUUGGUCAAGACAUUGAAUGGCGAAUACAUCGCUCUCGAGAAAUUGGAGUCGGCUUAUCGUACGGCACCUAUUGUCGGCAACAUCUGUGUGUUUGCUGCACAGGACAAGGCCAAGCCCAUUGCAAUCAUUGUGCCGGUCGAGGCGGCACUACAGAAGGUUGCAGCAGCAAAUGGAAUCAAGGGAGAGUCCAUAGAGGAAAUGGUGCACGACAAGAAACUCAAUGGCGUCGUCCUAAAGGAGAUUCAAAAGGCUGGACGUGAAGCAGGUCUUGCCGGCAUUGAGAUCGUCGACGGUAUAGUCCUGGCUGACGAAGAAUGGACUCCGCAGAACGGUUUCAUUUCUCCUGCGCAGAAAGUACAGAGGAAGAAGAUUCAGGCUCACUAUGAAAAGCAAAUCAAGGAGGCAUACGAGAACUGAUGGCGCAAUGUCGAGAUUGCCACGAAUGCCCCAUUCACUGGACCUUUUGAUCGAGCUGUAUAAUAAUGUCGCCUUGCAGUUAGCGGGGAGGUUUGCAAUUGCUGGCUUCUAGCGAGCGAGCUGAGCUGGGUGUUAGGAAUCGGCUUGUCGACCGAAAGAAAUAGCAUAAUGAUGAUCACCCAUGGACGCUGUUGUACUAUCGAACGACAUCUCUCCUACAACAUCAAAGCUCUUCGGAUUAAAAUGUUGCCAUUCUGCGGACAAGGCAUUCGAGAUCUUGGCCAGACUAACGGUCUACAUGAAAAGAAUAUUUAUCUGUCCGUCAAUCGACCACUGAGUUGUUUCUGACAAACACCUUGUCUAGCAUCUC